GGCAUGGAUGAAAAUAACCAGACGUUUGUUUCCGAAUUCCUUCUUUUGGGUCUUGCUGGAUACCCAAAGACUGAGAUCAUUUACUUUGCUCUUGUUCUGGCUAUGUACCUAGUGAUUUUAACUGGAAAUGGUGUUCUGAUUAUAGCAAGCAUCUUUGAUUCCCGUCUCCACACACCCAUGUACUUCUUCCUGGGCAAUCUUUCUUUCCUGGAUAUCUGCUACACAACUUCCUCUGUUCCCUCAACGCUGGUGAGCCUAAUCUCAAAGAAAAGAAACAUUACUUUCUCUGGUUGUGCAGUGCAGAUGUUCUUCGGAUUUGCAAUGGGAUCGACAGAAUGUUUGCUUCUUGGCAUGAUGGCUUUUGAUCGAUAUGUGGCCAUCUGCAACCCUUUGAGAUACUCCAUCAUCAUGAGCAAAGGAGUGUAUGUAUCAAUGGCAUCUGUGUCAUGGUUCUCUGGUGGAAUCAAUUCACUCGUGCAGACAUCUCUUGCCAUGCGGUUGCCUUUCUGUGGGAAUAAUGUUAUUAACCAUUUUACAUGUGAGGUCUUAGCUGUCCUCAAGCUAGCUUGUGCUGAUAUAUCUCUCAAUAUCAUUACCAUGGUGAUAUCAAAUAUGGCCUUCCUGGUUCUUCCACUACUGGUCAUCUUUUUCUCCUACAUGUUCAUCCUCCACACCAUCGUGAGAAUGAACUCAGCUACAGGGAGACGCAAGGCCUUUUCCACCUGCUCAGCCCACCUGACUGUGGUGGUCAUAUUUUACGGUACCAUCUUCUCUAUGUAUGCAAAACCCAAAUCCCAAGAUCUGACUGGGGAAGACAAGUUCCAAACUUCAGAUAAGAUCAUUUCUUUAUUUUAUGGAGUAGUUACCCCCAUGCUGAAUCCAAUUAUCUACAGUUUGAGGAAUAAGGAUGUUAAAGCUGCUGUAAAGUACAUACUGAAACAAAAGUACAUUCAGUAA